CGGACGCGGGCUCCGUCUGUACCGUGUUACCCGCCGGUCCUCAGCUUUCGCUCCGCGCUCUGUGGCCAGCCCGGCUGCCAUAUUUGGCCACCGCUUUCCUGGGCCCGCUCCUCUCCUGCCCUCCCGGCGUCGCCGCGUCCAGCUGCCGACCUUCCCAGCCGCUGCCUGCGGCCUUGCGGAGGGCCGGUCCCCGGCGAGAGGCUUCGCGUCCGCCCGAACACGAGUUGGGGGUGAGGGACCGGGCCGAGCCGUUAGCGGCGCUCCCUGGGAAAGAAACGCCCGCGAAGGAACUGGAGUUGGGAGUCUGCAACCUCGGACUUCAUUUCCCAGGCGGCCGCGCGCGCGCCCGGAAGUGCUGUGAGCCUAUAAGGGACGGAGGCGGCUCGGUUCACUGGCCCUGGGGCUGCGGUGCGGGCUGCGUGGUCGCUUGCCUCCCAGAGAGUCCGUGAUUCCAUCCGCCUGGAGUCCUGGUAGCUGUCGCGCCGGGUGGCGAGAGGCGGGUCUCGGAGACCCCUGCGACCCACUGUGGUUCGGGGGUGAGAAAGCUCGGAUGGGGAGUUCAGGGAUCUGGGUUCGAGUGCUGGCUGGCUCCGCUGCUACCUCUCCGCGCUGUCGCUACCCUUCACUCGGCCUCAGCUUUCUCCUGUAGGAAAUGGACGCUGUGGUCCGCGCCCUUCCUCCUACAGGUGUGGUGGUCCAGGCACGAAAGCGCUUCGGAAGUCGCAGUCAGCAGGCGGAGCCCCUGCCCUAAUUGUCACCGAAGGUUAGCUAGGACCGACAGCCCUUCGUCCCCGCAGAAGAGUCGGGGAUCGGGCUCCGGGUUCCUGGAACGGUUCUCCGGACACCUGAGCCCGACCGGGGCAGUCUGGAAGGGCGGGUCUGUAAUCACUGUGGCGCUAAGCAGCGCCUUGCCUGUCUACCUCCCGACUGGAACUUAGGGGUCCUCACUCCUGAGCCCUGACUUUACAGAAGCCACGUUUGGACGUGAGGAGUCCUUGGAGCUGAGGGAAGCGAACCCGGGUUCCUGUACCAGCUCUGCCACUCAGCGUGGCCAAGUCGCUUUCCUUCUUUGGGUUCCAAUGAUUUUGAUCUGUAAGAGAAGAGUGUAGGACUUGAACCUGAACUCUGAUUCUCAGGAUUUCCAAAAUCCCCACCAUUCAUCCUGGAAGCCGGGCAACCAAUUGACUUUCUGUUCCUUCAUCUAUUAGUAGUUCUAAAUUAUAAAAGUAAUAUUAUAAGAGUUUGGAAUAGAGCCUUUUCCUAAGAUCAAGGGCUGAAUGGAAGCUUACCCAUUUCUUACACGGGGGCCUGAUCUCUUUUACUGCAGCCAGGGAGAAUCGUUUUUUGUCAAGGGACUGAGGAGAGUAUUAGGUUGGAGAGUACAUUUCUUAGAUCAUGGUGGAUAGAGUAAGACACACCGCCUGCAUGGUUUUUGCAUUUUUAAAAGAUUAACAGAAAUGAAAAGGAUAAUAUUUUCUGAUUUGUACAAAUGAUCUGAACCUGAAGUUUCAGUGUCCAUAAAUAAAGUUUUUUGGGAACAUGGCUGUGUUCGUUUGUGAAGGUACUGUCUAUGACUGCUUUUGCGCUACAUCAGAAGAGUUGAUGACAGAGUUGGGAGAGAGACUAUGGCCUGCAAAGCCUAAAAUAUUUUCCAUUCCGGCCCUUAUAGAAGGGCAUGAUGACUUCUGCCUUAGCAUGGGGCUCUACAAAGUGCGGGCGGAAUCAAAGACCCAACAAUGGUGAACACAUCCUGAAAUCAUAGCACAACCUACUUUCUUGGAAUAAAUGAUAGAAUAUUCUCGGUGUUAGGGUUGCAAUUUCACUGCAUUCUUCUUUUUUCUUCUGCACUUUGCAUAGAGGUAGGGUCAUCUGUGUACUGUGAGCAGUAUAACAUCACAGCCGGUUGUCAGAAAAGUGUCCCCAUCGUGAACUCUAAGUCUGUCCCAGGGCAGUAAUCCAGGACCUCUUUGAGAAGGGUGGACACAGCCCUUUUGGAUGAUACUUACUUUUGUUUUUUCUUCUCCAAAGGAAAAGGAAGUCAUGAAAGAUAAUUGUCUGGUGGAUGGAGCCUGCUGACCAAGUGCUUCAUGCCGACUUCACCGGGGGGGUGACUGAACAUCUGGUGACCUGAAACUUUCUCUGCUCUUCCGGGGCCUAUGGGGACACCUCUGAGGCUGGGUGGCAAAUCUCUGAGCUUAGUAGUUGAGUCAUGAAACUUCUAGGAAGAUGGUGGCAUUAUUUUCCCCCGGCCUUAUGGAAGCUUGUUUUUCCCCCAGCCCCUCGGAUCUUCCUUCCCCAGUGAUUACUGCCAACUCGGGUCACAUUGUGAGAGUUCAGUGUCUGUUUCUGGUUAGGUGGACACAAGCCGUGGAGAGAAUUGGGACGGCCUAGUAUCAGGGCCACCGAGAGGCCUGGGCUGCCAUGAAGGCCACGAGCUUCAGGCUGUAGUUUGUAGGUAGGAUGAACUGCUGUGACAACACCAAGAAAAGGAGAAUACUUUGCUCUCACAACGUCCUUACGGACAUUUUCUCACUUGCCCUUUCGACAACCUGUGGUCAAGGAAAAAACAGGAGCCUUGGAGCCAAACAGACAAGGCUUUGAAACUUCCUGAAACUUACUGGGUCCUAAUGCUGGUAUUUAAUCUUCCUGAGCCUUGGUUUCCUCGUCUAUAAGAUGGGGAUGAUAACUGCUCACGGGAGCAAAUGGGAUCAUAAUGUUCAUGGGUUCUAGUGGGGUGUCUCCUCAUAGCUGCUCUUUAGUAUAUUCUUAUUACCAUGCCUUUCUUUCAGAUGAGAUGACCGAGUCAUACAAAUGCUAAAUGAUUUGCUCAAGGUGCCCCACUUCAUAAGAAUUGGAGCCUCGGCCACCACUCUUGUCAGCUUGUCACUAAGUCUAAAGGAGCGCCUGCUCAGAAUGGCUGUGGGAUGGUUCUACUUGUCCUUCUACGCACUGUGUUUCCUGGGCUUGAUGUGCAUCAUCCUCACCAUCUGUUGGAUGCAGCUAUGGCAUGGUGGCUUUGCCUGGGAUGGCACCAUUCUCAUGUUCAACUAUCACCCAGUGCUCAUGGUUGUGGGCUUAGUGGUACUCUACAGUGCUGCCUCGCUGGUGUACCGCCUGCCGCGGUCCUGGGUGGGGCCCAAGCUGCCAUGGAAGAUUGGCCACGCGGCCCUGCACCUGCUGGCCUUCAUCCUGACCGUGCUGGGGAUGGUCGCCGUCUUUCAGUUCCACCACCACUCCAAGGUCGCCAAACUCUACUCCCUGCACAGCUGGCUGGGCAUUGUCACUGUCUUCCUUUUUGCCUGCCAGUGGUUCCUGGGCUUUGCCGUCUUCCUGCUGCCCUGGGCAUCCGUGUGGCUGCGCAGCCUCCUUAAACCCAUCCACCUCUUCUUUGGCGUCAUCAUCCUCUCUCUGUCCAUCGCGUCUGUCAUUUCCGGCAUUAAUGAGAAGCUUUUCUUCAGUUUGAACAAUGCCACCCAGCCAUAUUCCAGUCUGCCCAGUGAGGCUAUCUUUGCCAACAGCCUUGGGAUGCUGGUGGUGAUCUUCGGGCUCCUGGUGCUCUACAUCCUCCUGGUUUCAUCUUGGAAACGCCCAGAGCCAGGGAUCCUGACUGAAGGACAGCCCCUGUUGCGUGAUGGGGAGUGAGCCAGGAGCAGGUGGAGGUGCUUCCCCUCAGCAGCUCUGCUCUGCCUGGGGCUCCUGUCUGGUUUCAGCAACACUUGCCCUGGGCUCCUUGCCCAGACGUCUUCUGGCCUCCAUGCGGGGCCUGCUCCCUCCGCCAGUGUGCUGCCCGCCCGCUUUGCUUGGUGGCUUCGGCUUCCGUGCUCCUUCCUGGCCUCAACUUCUCGGUCUUCAUUUACAUAUGGCCCCCCUGGCCCCACCACAGCUGCUCCUGCUGCCCCCGCUCUGCGUGUGAAGUCAAGCUGACUUCCCCUCUAGAGCCCUAAGGAUGUGGUAGAAAAUCUCAACGGCACGGAUGAGCCCGGACUCAAGUGCAGUCCGCAUGUGAGAAGCGAGGGAGGCGGCGGUGUCCAGCAGCUUUCCCUUAAAGGCCUGCAUUUCCUUUGGGCCGCCCCCACCGUGGGGUGGGCAUCAUCCGCCGUUACCUCCAGCCAGCCCAGCCACACGUGAGCCUGGGCACGCACAUCUUGAGGUGACGGAAGGAGAGCGGGGAGAAUGGCAGCAGAGCGGCGGAGGGGCUGACUGCCCCUUGCCAUUCUGUUUCACGUCCGCCUGCAUUGGGACCGUGCGGCUCCCCUCUGCUGCUACAGCCCUGGCCUAUGUCCUGGCCUUGCCCCGUGACAUGCACCCCCGUCACAGUCAGGCAACCCGACGGACCCUGGCAGCCUGUUCCUCCAACUGUCCCGGGAGGGCUGAGCGCCAGGGGGGCCUCAGGCUUCCUAUGCUGCCGCUCCCCGGAUCAGGGCUUCUCUGUCUGUCCCCGGGCAGGCUGGCAGAACCCCAGCCCAGCUGAUUUUCACUCUCCAGCUCAGCGUGAAACAAGCCAGAGUUGUGGUGCAUUGUGCCCAGCAGAUCCCUGGGGCCACGACCACUUCCCAAGGUGCUCCCUGCUGAGUGUCAGGCUGCCUCAUUUCCCCCUCGGGCGACUUGCGUGGCCAAAUCCAGUCUCCCGUUACACAAGAGGGUGAGCAGCUGCUUGCCUCCCGAGGAGAAGCUGGGGUUGGGGUGCUGGGGUUCUUGCUCCUCUCUUCCGUGAUGGCGCUGUGGCUUUUCCCGCCCUCUCUGAACGAGCCCUGCCAGGCCCCCGGCUCCGUACUGCUGUCCUUAGUGACAAGCAGCAGGACACCGGGGGCUUGGCUGCACUUGCUCUGGCAGGUGGAGACGAGGCUGACUGUCCACCACACCGUGACGUGGCCCGCUGGCGGGACUGUGACUGGACUUCCUGAGGGGAUGGAGCGUUUGAAGCCAUUGGGAUGACUGCCAGACACCUCAGUCAACGUGACCAGCGCCCCCCCUUUCCAUGUGGGAGGCCUGUAACCUGAAGCUUGAUUUCCGUUUAUCAUGUGUUUAAGAAUCAAAGCCUUCUCUACUGUACUGACAUUGUGGUUAAAUGAGCUCUGAGAAACUUAUUAAAGCCUCUGGACAGUUCUGACCCUCAGCCCUGGGAGCAGAAAUCCAAAAGGCACCAAAGAUCCCA